CCCUCUGUCUCUCUCUCUCUCUCUUUCUCCUUCUUCCCUUGCCACUCCAGUCGUCGCCGAUGAAAUGAUUUCGCCUCCUUACCUCAGUCCCUCAGUUAAUGCCACACUCCCUCUCCGUCAACUCUUCCCUCCGCUUCCUCAUCGCCUCAGCUUUCCGGAGCUUGUUUAAGCCGCCGUUAGCUACUUCUCCGGCCGCUGGUCACUAUUGCCGGCGAUAGCUGAAACAGGAAAAGAAUAAAAAAGAGAGCAAGACAGAGAGAAUAGGACUAUAGGAGAGAGAUUAAAAGAAAGUAGCCUCUAACUUCUCUUCAGCUCUCAGUUUAUUUCUCUUGUUUCUUUCGGCUGCUUUCUCGAUUCUACCUCUCUGCCGUCGUUUGGUAUCUAGUCUGUGAAGUUUACAAGAAGUUUCCACCUGUGAUCGAUCUGCAGCCCUCCGAUUGCUCCAUUCUCUACCACGAAUCGGCGAUCGAUUAUGUAAGCUAAUUUGAGCUGAAUUAGCUUCGAAAUUGAGCUGAGUAGGGACAAGAAGUGCGUCCCUGAAGCUGAUUGUGAGCAUGUUGGAUCUUAAUCUGAAUGUGGAAUUGGCCGAGUCGACUCACUACUCCGACUCGGCUUCUUUCAUGGAGGAGGACAAGUAUCAGUGCCAUCGCCAGCUUCCGGAGGCAUCGGAGACGUCUAACUCAUCGGUAGUCAACACCGAUGCGUCGAGCAACGAUGACUUGUGCUCCACACGCGCCUACACCGGCGACGCUGCUAACAACAACAGCAACAAACUCAUGAAUGGCACCACCACCAUCGUCUGCCCCUUCAACUUCGAUAUUCUGGAAGUUGGUGGCGGUGGCGGAAAUGAGAAUGACGAAGACGGCAUCGUUGUCACCAAGGACUUCUUCCCCGUUGAGCAAAACUCUGCGGGACAGUACGGGUCCCCGGCACGGGCGAAUUGGAUUGAUCUGACGUUCGAGAGGCAGCAGGAGAUCGCCAGUGGCGGACCGGUGCGGGUGAUUCAGCAAGCCGCACAGCAGCAGGUGAAGAAGAGAAGGAGGGGUCCCAGGUCUCGGAGCUCGCAGUACAGGGGAGUUACCUUCUACAGGCGGACUGGCAGAUGGGAAUCUCACAUCUGGGACUGCGGGAAACAGGUGUAUCUGGGUGGAUUUGACACGGCUCAUGCUGCUGCAAGGGUCUAUGAUCGAGCUGCAAUUAAGUUCAGGGGAGUUGAUGCUGAUAUCAACUUCAGCCUUGGUGAUUAUGAGGAAGACAUGAAUCAGAUGAAGAAUCUGACCAAGGAAGAAUCUGUGCACAUACUGCGUCGACAAAGCACAGGUUACUCUCGUGGGAGUUCGAAAUUUCGAGGAGUGACAUUGCACAAAUGUGGCCGGUGGGAAGCUAGAAUGGGACAGUUCCUCGGCAAAAAGUGAGAAUUCGUUAUCCGUAAAUUCACUCCAUGGUUUUGUAUGUUUGGAAAUGCUAGAUUCUGCUUAUCAAGUGAGUGCUUCAAUUUGAUGAAAAGAAUUUUAGAAGCGUAGUUGGACAAACAAAUUACUGCUUUAGUUUCUGCUUUGUUUGGGGAAAUUUUCUAAAGAUGUAUCUUUUCAAAGAUGAAAUAAUUGCGCUAUGGUGUUUUCACCUGGGAGAUUACAAUGCUUGCGUGCAGGUAUAUAUAUCUUGGGCUGUUCGACAGCGAGGUAGAAGCUGCAAGGUCCUAAUGAACAUUGAUUUACACCCUACUACUGAUAGUUUAUUACCAUAAAUUCUCUAGACCUCAAUACGGUCCCAUCCAAUGUGUGUCUCCAUUUUGGUUUUCUGGAAAUCAGGGCUUAUGACAAGGCAGCCAUCAAGUGUAAUGGAAGGGAGGCUGUGACCAACUUCGAGCCUUGUACAUAUGAAGGGGAGAUGCCUUCUUCUGAGGCUAGUUCUGAAGGAACUGGCCACAACCUUGACCUUGACUUGGGAAUAUCCCCUCCUUUUGCCUGUGCUUCCAAGGAAAAUGCGGGCCACCUGCCAUUCCACUCAGGACCUCGAGAUACUCGUGACAAGAGUUCAAAGGUAGAGAACCCAAUGGGUAAAAUGGUUGGUGAUCCACUUUUCAAAGGGUUUGUGAGGACAUCAUCAGAUCCCUCAGUACCCUUGAACGGUGCAUAUGCCACUUUCUUCCCUGCCGAGGAAAAAGCCACCACAGAGAAGACGAUAGAACUUCAAUAUCAACAAGCUUCUUCUCAUGGGCUCCCCCACAGCUGGGCGUGGCAAAUGCAUAGGCAACAGGUCGCAGCUACUACCCCAAUGGCAUUGUUCUCUACGGCCACUGCAGCAUCAUCAGGAUUCUCAACUUCAGCUACCCUUCUUCGUCAUCCCUCGAAACCUUUCAACCACAACACAGCGGCAGCAGCAGCAGCAGCCCACGGCUUUGAUUUCGAACCAUCUCCAGUGGUCAUGGCUGCCAACGGCUCUACGUUCUUCUACUCGAUGAAGCCUCCCCAGGCUCCCUCCCUAUAAAACCAAACCACAACAGGCUCUUAUUCUUCUUCACUGUGAAGCACCAGUAAGCAAAGAAGAAAAAGGCACAUGUUCUCCGAGUUGAUGCACUUUCCAGACUAUGCAUUUUAUACUGACAUUCUUCUAGUUGAAUUACUGCAACUCUUCCAAUGCUUGGAGCCCAGCCUCUUAUUUGGCUGACCAGGUCCCCUCAGAAGUCAGAAUUAUGGUAUAGCUGUUGGAGUUGAUAGUUGAUAUUUGAAUGUAAACUGAGCAUACAUAAUUGUAGGUUGUAGCCAUACAUCAAUUCGCUGACUCACUCUAAAUCUUAUUUUGAAGUAAUCGGUGUGGGGCUGGUCUCUUCCUGUUGAAAUGAGAACUUUUGUAACACCAUAGGCGAAUUCCACAUCUACAAAGUACGG